CUGGGCAUCUACCUGGCUGCCCUCCUGGGCAACGGCCUCAUCAUUACAACGAUAGCCUGCAGCCACCACCUCCACACUCCCAUGUACUUCUUCCUCCUCAACCUCGCCUUCCUCGACCUGGGCUCCAUCUCCACCACUGUCCCCAAAGCCAUGGCCAAUUCCCUGUGGGACACCAGGACCAUUUCCUAUGCAGGUUGUGCUACUCAGGUCUUUAUGUUUGUUGCCUUUAUCACAGCAGAGUUUUAUCUUCUCACCUUCAUGGCCUAUGACCGUACAGCAUGUAUUGCUUUCAUUGUUCUGUCCUAUGUGCAGAUCUUCAGGGUUGUGCUGAGGAUUCCCUCGGAGCAGGGACGGCACAAAGCCUUUUCCACGUGCCUCCCUCACCUUGCCGUUGUCUCCCUGUUCAGUGGCACCAUCAUGUUUGCCUACGUGAUGCCCUCCUCAAUCUCUUCCUCAUUUCUGAACCUUUUGCUGGAAGUUCUGUACUCAGUGGUACCUCCUAUAGUGAACCCCCUCAUCUACAGUAUGAGGAACAAGGAGCUCAAGGAUGCACUUAGAAAACUGAUGGUAUCAAUGUUUUUCAGUACUCAUAAAGUUCCUUGCCCUGUCUACAAAUGA